CACACUCCUUGGAGAUGCAGCCCUGCUGCUGUCACAUUUCAGUGAUGUCACAGCUACCCACCCUGGGAAAGCCAGCACCACCGUGUGAUGCCCAGCCUGAGUGCUGGCUGAACUGAGAGGGGCAGGGUGCAGGUGGUGCCUGGUACAAGUCUUGCUUCAUCCAUCUUGGAGGCCUCACAGCCCCAGCAUGAGUCCAUCAGCAAAGAAGAGGCCCAAGAAAAGCACGGUUUCCAAGAUGCAAGAUGAGGAGCCACAGGACAAGAUAAAGCAGCAAGUCAGCAAAGGAAUUAAGCGGGACCGACUUAGAAGGGUGUUUAAAAACUUGUCACUCUUGAAGCUGCUCAAGAGUUCGAACCGCCGGAUCAAAGACCUGCAUAAGCUGGCCAAAAGGUGUUGGAAUUCACUUUUCAGAGUUCCAAAGAUGCUCGAUAUCACCUCUGGGCAAAACAAUGUCUGCAAUAAAGUGAAACAAAAUCACGAAGAGUUCCAGGAGACUAGGUGCCCCAAGACAGAUCUGGAGUCCAAGAAAUUAGGCUCCCUAGGGGAAGCUAAGGAGAUAAACCCAAAGGAGUGGAAGCCUACGGUGGGGUCAAGGAUGAAAAAGGCAAAGGAGUCCCCUGCAGCAGUGCUAUGUAAUGAACAGGUGGAUUCUGAGGUCCCAAGAACAUCAAAGGGUCUGAACACUAGAGCCCAGAGGGGGCUACUCACUGAGGGCCCGAAAAUCAUCUUCCUGAAGAACCCCCACCACAGAACACCCAUGGGAGACAGGGAGCAGCCGGAUGUAGCUGAACAGUGGCUCUGGUUUGAGGGGCUGCCCACACGAGUCCAUACUCCAGCUCCCCGGGUGAUGUGCAGAUCCUCCACUCUGCGCUGGAUUAAGCGCUGCUGCACCCGCUUCUGCUCUGCAACACUUGAGCUGCCUAUGUAUCAUCCAUACAAGUUCCUUAGCAAAAGAAGAAGAAGAAGAAGAAGAAAAUACUCCAGCCUCCCUCCAUAGGAGAACUGAAGUCCCAUAAAAGGAAGGGGGUGAUUAUUCCCCGGGUUCCAGCUUAAGGGAGGCCGUUUCCCUCUAGCAAAAGCAGCAUCUCCAUCCUGCCACAGACACUGUAGCGCCCUCCCCCCAAACGACAGCGCCGCCUGGGGGCGGUCUUAGCACCUAACACCGCGG